AUGACGACCGCUGCCCCUCCCAGAACAGAACCAAACCCCAUUUCAUGCGCCUGCAAGCUGGAAAACAGCUCUCUUAAACUUGCAGAAUGGCCCCAGCUGGUGGGGCUAGCUGAGUUGGACCAGAGGGCUGAUCAGCUUGAGCCUCUCCACUGGCUUGUUCAUCCAUGUCCUGCGGAACUCAAAGUCACGCCCGAAACCCUCUGUCCAGAUGUCGCUACCAUCGUAAAUCAGUCUUUGUCGAUUGAUCUGUAUAAGCCAAGCGCUCCUCCUUCCACAGAUGGUGCCUCAGAUGUCGGUCUGUCUGGAGAUCGAAAAUCUGUUGUGUCUGUAUCGCAAAGCAGGCCGCAGAAUGGCUCCACUUCGCAGCUCCCGCGCCUCUCGUCCGUCAACAAUUCUGAUGGAACCCGGUCGCCUUCAAAGUUUUCGCUGGACUCAGCGACUAUUAAACGGCCCUUAGGUUGGAUUACCGGUAAGACACCGAAUCCUUCAAAGGGGCUCAGGGAUAAAUUAAGGGAGCGUAAUACAUUUAAGGAAUGCUCGAGCUGUCUUGACGAUAUAUUGGAUAAAAACCUCCUCGGCCUGACUUGCCAACACAAGUAUUGCUUGAAAUGCUUUCUCCAACUCAUCACCACUGCCAUGAAGACUGAGAGGCUUUUCCCUCCAAAAUGUUGUCUAGAGGAGAUACCAUCGAAGAUGGUACUCGAUAACCUGGGCUCCUCUCUAAGAGAAGCCUAUAAACUGAAGACGCAGGAAUUUGCUACUCCUGAACGAGAUCGAUGGUAUUGUCCCUCGUCAACCUGUGGCAGAUGGAUCCCCUUGAGCAAAUUCAAAAAGAGCCUGAAAUCCGUUCAGAAGACCUGCCCGUAUUGCCGCGUAAAGGUAUGCAGCCUCUGUCGAGGUCUAGCUCAUAACAAUCUGGAUGACUGCCCUCAAGAUCAUGGGUUGGAAGCUACUCUCGAAGAAGCUGAGAAUCACGGCUGGAAAAGGUGUUACAACUGCCACUCCAUGGUUGAACUGACUGCCGGCUGCCGGCAUAUCACCUGUAAAUGUGGAUCUGAGUUCUGCUACACAUGUGGAGCUCGAUGGCACACCUGUGCCUGCACGGAAGACGACCAACGUCGCAGGCAAAAUGAGAUCGAGGCUCGGCGGCAAGAAAGGAACCAGGCAGCUGAAAUCGAGGCAGCUGAAUUGGCCGCAGCACUUGCUGAGAUUGAACGCUUGGAGCGCCAGGAAGCUUUGGAAAGAGAACGAUUGGAAAAAGAGCAACGUCAGCGCGAAGAGAUGGAGGCCCGCGAUAAGGAGAUGAAACGAAUGAUGUAUAUUUCCGAGAGAGUACGGGGUCUUCGAACAGCACUAUCUGCCCUUAACAAGUCCCAGCAGUGCAGACUGAAUGAGAGGCAUGAAAAGGCUGCGUUCGACCUCCUAGGCAAAACCAGAGCGGACACUUCCGAAUUCGAACAGCAACGGGAAAAACUCAUGAACGGUCUGCGAUUGAACCAGAAGCAACGUAAGGAUCAACUGUUAGUUUCACAAACGGCAGAACUCGAGAGCAUGACUUUGCGUCACGAAGAAGAGGAGGACGAAACAUUUGUGACAAUAUCCCGCUAUCUAAAGGGGAAACCCAACCGCGAGAGCAGGGAGAAAUCAAUUAUCGACAAGCUUAAAAUCAGCCAGGGAAAUGAGCGCCAAUCCAUCGAAAAAAAUCACCAGGCCGCAAAACUCGAGUUGGAACAGAUGAAUGACCUAGAAGCAAAAGCCCUUGAAGAAGGACUGAAACCCAACAACCACUCAACGCAAGAAGAAAAGCUUGAGAUGGUCUUCAAGCUGUCACUGAUGAUUAUCGCUGACCGCUGCUGGUUCAGUUCCGUCGUGAAGACCCGCUGGCGGAUGCUCGAGCAAUAUAGGUAUAGAAUGAUAGAUGCCGGUGCGGACAUUGAGGAGCUACCUGCUAUCGAGAUCGUGCCGAAAUAUUUUGAGCUUUCGGCGGACUCGGCCGUUGUAGGCGCAAACGUUCCAUGCAUUCAUACCCCUGCAUCUACAUCUGCUCCAUUACACCCUGUAUCUCCUGGGGUUCCCGGGUCGCUGCCAGUGAAGACUGUCACUUCGACAGGGCAUAGACGAACGUUUUCGCGGCUGGUGAGUCAGUCGCCGUUUGCGUCUCUUUCGGGAUGA